AUAAAUGCAGGUUCGCCAUCGAGAAAGACAUUAUUCCAUUCGUGGUCGUUCAAUCAACAGCAUUCGAAAACAAGAAAAAUGUUGAAGGUAUCGUGCAUUUUGGUGUUUGUGGCCAUUACUGCCUCCUCGGGAUAUCACCUUCCAGCAGAGCACGAAUAUCACGUGGAAUCGAAACACGUGGCACCACACUACCAACAGGAAGAGGUUCAACACGAAACUAACGCGCAUGAUAGUCACCACGAUGAAGAUCAUCAUGAUGAUCAUCCCAUGUACAAAUUCGAGUACGGAGUGAAGGAUGACCACACUGGAGAUCACAAAACUCACUGGGAGCACCGUGAUGGAGAUGUCGUAAAAGGACAAUACACUCUGCUCGAUUCCGAUGGUACGGAACGCAUUGUGGAAUACACCGCUGAUCCUCAUCAUGGAUUCAAUGCCGUUGUAAAGAAGGUGGCCCAUCGUCACCAAGAACAUCACGCUGAACCUCAUUAUGCUCCCGCAGCUUAUGACGAUCAUCAUCAUCAGCAGCAACUACAGCAGCAUAAUGAGGAUCAUCACACCCAGCACCACUAUCCAGCGCAAUACCAUGGUCAUGAGGAUAGCUACAGCCAUCAGACCAAAUACGAAUAAGACUAGAGGUUUCGCUUUGAUCUGUGAUAAAUUAAAUGAGUUCCUUAACUGAUGGAGAAUUCCAAAGAAAUUAAAAUAACGAAAGUAAAAUAUAUGAUGCAAAUAAGGGA